UUUCCGUCCUCAGACCGCUUUGAUUGCUGUUCGCUUCUUGUGUUGGCGCUUUACAGACAAAAGCAAGAAAGGAGUGAGAGAAAAGACAAGCAGUGUAUCAUAAACUGACACGUGUUAGACUGAACAUCCAGAAGAGUAAGGUGCAAGAGAAGUGAUGAAGUGUUAGGACGUCGUCUUGCAUAUGGCAGGAGGGAUGCCAAGAAGGUCAGUAAACAUGAUUAAAAGAAGCCUCCUUUCCUGUUCACAUGUGCAUGCAGUGAGGUGUCUAAUGGCCUGCAGGCUCAGUCUGCCCAUGUGAGAAGGGAAUCUUAGAUGAGAAGAGCAAACACUUAAGGGGAGAGAGAGAAGAGUUUUACACGGAACAAUGGCCUCAGCCAAAGAGGAUGACGUGAAUGAAAAGCUGGCACACAUGAAGCAAGAGAUUUGUGAUUGGACUGCGGCAGACGAUUUGUGUGUGAAGCUGGAUGAUCACGAAAGAAGAAUGACAGGCAUUAAAGAGGAGGAGUGCAAGGGGGAGAUUGUUGAAGUUAAAGUGGAGGAUUCGGAAGAUUUCUCAGUUAUCCUUGAACUGCCAAACCCUGAAAGUGCGACUGUUUUUAAACAAGAGAUUUGUGAAGACUCUCAGCCCUGGGUCACGAAUACAGGACAACUCCCUACCCAGCAGAAUUGUGUGGAGCUGAAAUCGGAGUUUUCCGAGUCUAAAGAGAAAAUGAAUGAAGGAGAUGGGAGAGAAGUAGAGGAGCAGCAGUCAUCUGAGAGUGCUGGAAUAAAUUUCCAGGAGAACGUUGGCUUUUCUUCAUCAUCAUUUGCUCAAACGUCUCUUCAGUGCAGAUUGCAACAAGACAAGGACAAGGUGAACAAAUCAACAAAAGGAUUAGAGAAUUUAACCUCAGCCUCUUUCCAGUGCCAUUAUCUUCCUGCUGCCAAACAGAUACAGACAGAAGCCAUAAGUAAGGAUCAACAAGUGCUUAACGCCGACCAAGAGGCAUUGUAUAUCAACAGAAAGUGUGGAAAAACUUUUAAAAACAAAUCUGACGGUAAAGAUAUGUCAGCUCAUGCAAUUCAGAAGCCUUUUGCCUGUUCUGAAUGUGGUAAACUAUUUCCUCUCAGAAAAGGUCUGCACAGACAUAAAAGGAUUCACACUGGAGAAAAAACCCACUGCUGUCCCGAGUGUGGCAAACGAUUCCCCGAUAACAGUGCUCUUCAGCGGCAUGCACGAGUGCAUACGGGAGAGAAGCCAUACACCUGUGCAGAAUGUGGCAAAAGAUUUUCCCAUAACAACAGUCUUCAGAAUCAUAAAAAAAUACACUUGGGAGAAAAACCCUAUUGCUGUUCUGUGUGUGGUAAAGGAUUCUCAUUUUUAAGUAAUUUUUAUAGCCACUUCAGAAUUCACAGUGGAGAGAAGCCCUAUUGUUGUAGUGAAUGUGGCAAACGUUUUGCACGAAUAAACAAUCUUAGGACACACACAAGAAUCCACACUCAAGAAAAGCCAUAUUGCUGUCCUGAAUGUGGUAAACGAUGUGCUAAUCGUAGCAAUCUCCAAAGACAUAUGCAAGUGCAUACUGGCGAAAGGCCCUAUUCUUGUUUUGAAUGUGGCAAGCAGUUCUUUGAACGUAGUGGUCUUCAGCGGCACUCACGAAUUCAUACUGGAGAAAAACCUUUUUGCUGUUCUGAAUGUGGCAAACGAUUUUCUGACCGUAGCUCUCUCCAAACACACACACGGAUUCAUACCGGAGAAAAGCCGUACUGCUGUUCCGAAUGUGGAAAACGGUUCUCUCACCAUGGCUCUUUUCGGCAGCACACACAAACUCAUACAGGCGAGAAGCCGUAUCACUGUUCUGAAUGUGGUAAACGAUUUUCACAAAAAUGUGGCCUUAAGUACCACUCAAAAAUUCACACUAGAGAGACGAGAGUCACAGCUGAGCUAGCUGUGGAGCAAAACAACUGAAACUAUGUCGGCAUUGUGAGUUCAGCUGGUUAUCAAAAGAAAUUCCAGGGUUUCUCGUCUCCCUAUCAAUUACCAUCACUCUGUACCGGCUGCAGAAAGAGACUUCAUGAGGAACAGUUCAUAUGCUACCACAAGGCCUUGCUGCAUAUUUACAGGAGUAACAUUCAUGAUAGUGCAAGAAAAAUGUCCAGAUUGAAGUGUGACUGUGAAUUUCUCCGAAAGGGGUUUGAGCACUGAGAGAAGAAUUCUCAUUGGUGUUCAGAAUGUGGGGAAGAGUUUCUUACAGAAUGGUACACUUCAGCAACACAUAAUAAUUAAUAUUGGACGGAAACUGUUUUCAGAAAAGCUGGAUGCUUUUUGGUCCAUAGUUCAACUGUUACAUAGUCUCCUUAGUGUUAUGACGACUUUCGUACAAAACAGCCGAAAGUGUUGAUUUUUUGCAACAGAAAAAUGCAAAUACCAAAACUUCAACAUAAUCAAAGUAGAAAAGGCAUGUCGAGUGUCCACUGCUAUACUGAUGUAGACUUAGUUACGAGCUUUGUGUGAUUUAUUUUGAAACAGUCACCCAUACACAUAGGCACCAUUCAAGCAGAUGUCAAAAGAUUUGUUUGUAAUUUUUUUGUCUGUUGCUUGUACAUGAGAGGGUAGAAUGUUGGUGCCCAGUCCACAGAAUCCAUGCACCCCUUGUGGUUUUGUAGGCUACCCCAGAGCCACGCUUAGUGACUUCCACAUUUUCCCUGACAGGAACUGACAGUUGCAGCACUGAGAGCAGCGUUUAGGAGGCAGACAUCUUUCUUGUACUUCUACUCCUUUGCAAUCCUUUUACCUUUUUGCCACACGGCUGCUAAGUGUUCAUGUGACCGGAGUCAUUAGGAAUGUUAUGACGAUAUAGCUGUACAGUGCCGUAUGCUUCAGUUUUCUUUUAAAGUAAGAUCUCGAGCAGUUUAGGUGAGGUAUAGAAACUGUCCACCAUUAUACAGUUGCCUUGGUCAAACAAGGGGUCUGCUAGUGACAGCACAGAUGAUGUAGCAAAUCUAUAUUGACUGUACUUGCUAUUGAUGGACUGUUAGAAUACAGGCAUAGAUUAUAGUGUGAGGUUUCUAAACGCUUUUUGGAUUCCACCCAACGGGUCGACACGCUGAAGAGCAUCCCGAAGCGCCAUUGCCACGUCUUUGGAAGACAGCAUAUCCAUUGCCGGGGCAAACGCAGGUUCGCAGUGAAAGCAAAUCCGAGCCGACCACAUUCACGCUGUAAGUGCCUGUAGUCCAUGGGUGAUGAAAGGAGCAUUAUAAAUGCAGGGAACAGUAUAACUUGACCACGACCCUGUCUGACUGCUGUGUCUGUGUAUAUGAGAGUGGUAGAUCCUGCUACAAUAAAUGACUGUGCUGUUCCUGUUUCAGGCUGAAUAAAAGCUGAUUUUGCUAAAGGACUGAA